CUUAAACACAAUCUGUGUUCUAUAAGUCAGAUGUGUGGAGAAUCUAAUAGAGUUGUGUUUGAACCCGAUAGUUGCUAUGUUGAAAACAUGUUGAACAAUGAGAUUCUUUUCACUGGUAAAAGAAAAGGAAAACUGUUUUGCAUAGAUUUAAAUGAUAAAAGCUUGUUUAACGAAACCUGUCUUGUCUCUAUUGAUAAAAACGACCACCUAGAUUGGCAUAGAAGGUUAGGUCAUGUGGGGGUUGGAACCCUCUCGAAAUUAGUAAGCCUGGAUUUGGUAACAGGAAUUCCUCAAAUACAGUGUAAGAAAGAAUUUUUUGUGAAGCAUGUACUAAAGGAAAACAAGUCAGAAGUACUUUCAAAAGCAAACAAGUCAUCUCAACUUCUAGAGUUUUAGAGCUCCUUCAUUUAGACCUGUUUGGACCUAGCAAUGUUAAAAGUCUUGGUGGGAAGUUCUAUGCGUUUGUGAUUGUGGAUGAUUACUCAAGAUUCACCUGGGUAAUAUUCCUAACAAACAAAAGUGAUGCUUUCCAGAAUUUUAAAACCAUAACCAAGCGACUGGAAAAUGAAAAACAAUCUAAAGUAGUUAGUAUAAGGAGUGAUCGGGGGGGGGGGGGGGGGGGGGGGGGGGGGGGGGGGGGGGGGGUUUUGUAAUGAUUCGGGUAUCACUCACAAUUUCUCUGCCCCUAGGACUCCUCAGCAGAAUGGAGUUGUGGAGAGAAAGAAUAGAACACUGAUAGAUAUUGCCAGAACCAUGCUUAAUGACUAUGGUGUAUCUAAACAGUUCUGGGCAGAGGCCAUCAAAACUGCAUGUUAUGUAGUAAAUAGAGCCUUAAUUAGAUCUAAAUUAAACAAAACCCCCCUAUGAACUUUGGAAAGGAAGAAAACCUAAUCUGGGGGUAUUUCCAUCCAUUCGGAUGCAAAUGUUUCGUCCUGAACACUAAAGAUAAACUUGGAAAGUUAGAUUCUAAAUCGGAUGAAGCAAUAUUUCUAGGUUAUUCAACUCAGAGUAGGGCAUAUAGGAUAUUUAAUCGUCAAACCCUCAAGGUUGAGGAGUCCAUUAAUGUGGUGUUUGAUGAAUCUGUGAGUGUCAGUACAGCUACUGUUGAGGAUGAAGAUGAUCUGGGACUGAGUAGUUCAACUGUUGUGGCUCGUGACAAGCAAGAAUUGGAUCAUGUUGUGAGCAGUGAGACAACAAUCGAUGCAGGAGACACGCCCAAGGAAGUGCAAGCUCCUCCUCAUAUACAAAAGCGACAUCCGAUUUCUCAAGUAAUAGGAAACAUGAACCAAGGUAUGACUACUAGAUCACAAGAUGCUUCGGUUCAUAUUGCCUUUGUGUCCUUAGUAGUACCUAAAAACAGCGAUGAAGCUUUAAUGGAUGAAUUCUGGAAUGCAUCUAUGUAAGAUGAACCCCCCUAGGCACUAAAUGGAUAUAUAAGAAUAAGUUAGAUGAGAUUGG